AAUCCUCGACAGUGCUUUUCCAGCUCUCGAGGUCGAAUGAUCGGCCUUUUUAAAACCUAAGUUAUAAUAUAUCUCCUUCUCCCUAUCUAAAACUCUCAUAUUCGGAGUGAUCCGAAUCGUCGUUCGUUUAGUAGUAUCUCGUAUCGUCUUAUCAGAAAGUAAAAGGAUUAAAAAAAAAAGUAAAAAAAAAAGAAAUAAUCAAAAAAAAAAAAAUAGAAAUAUAAAAAUAAAAAAGUGAAAGGAGAGAAUUCGAUCGAGAAGAAAUCGGAUUGAAUUCUCAUAAUGAAGCUAAUCUUUUUUUUAUUCUGUGCCAUCGUUCUUCUUCUUGGAUAUCAUGGUGCCAAUGCUAUCCAGUGUUACGUAUGUAACAGCAAUGACGACAGCCGAUGCGCAGACGAUACUCCACCGGAUGCGUUGAAAAAAGAUUGCGGUGACCUGAAGGAUGGUCCGAAGUUUACAAUGUGCCGAAAAAUCACUCAAGUCAUUGAGUUCAGCGUUAAUGGAUUGCCAGCAAAUACUCGAGUGAUACGUAGCUGUGGUUGGAUCGAAUCGACUUACAAAGGUCGAUGUUAUCAAAGAAGUGGUUUUGGUGGUCGACAAGAAGUUUGUUCAUGCUUGCAUGAUUAUUGUAACGGCGCGACGACAGGUAUCGAUCAACCACCGAAAACGUUUAUCUUAUCUUGUGCUCUUGGUGUCAUCCUUCUUGCAAUUGCACGCAAUUAAGUCAAGAAAUACGACGAGACCCUUCAUCGAUGCCUCAUUCUGAGUUUAAUCAGCACCAACGACAUAAACGACGACAACGACGAUGAUGAGACGAUGACCAAGAAUGAAACUUCGCAUGAUAAAUAUUCAACAUCUCCAUCAGUUCGAUAAAACGAAGAUGAUGAUGAUGAUGAUGAUGAUGAUCAAGUGAGAGAAAAAACUGGAUUAUCAUCGAAAAAAACACAAAAGAAAAAGAAAGUUUCGCUGAAGAAAAAUUAUUAAAGAAAAAAGAAAUAAUGGUAAAGAAGAUAAUCUAAUUUUCAACGCGAUCGUCAACCAUUUUUUCACCAUUAUUAUGAAAUGAAAAUUUUUAAGAAAAAAAAAAAAAAAGAAAAAACAGAAAAGAGAUAGAAAAACUGGGAUAAUAAUAAUAAUAAUAAUAAUAAUAAUAAUAAUAAUAAUAAUGAUGAUGAUGAUGAUGAUGAUGAUGAUGAUGAUGAUGAUGAUGAUGAUAAUGAUAAUAAUAAUAAUAAUAAUGCGAUGUUUUCGUCUUUUCUACUCGUCGAAGGGCCGUUAUUUCUAGAUUUAGUAAAAUGCGUACGAUCGUUCCGAGAUCCUAUGAAACUCAUAAUAGAAAAGAAAAGAAAAGAAAAAAAAAAAAUAAAGACAGAAAAGAUAAAAAGAACAAGAAAGAAAGUGAGAUUUCAAGGACAAAAAGAGAACGAAGCUCUAGACAUUUCGCAUAUUAUGGUUUUGCGAGAGAGUAAUAAGAAGAUAUUUUCUUUAUUCGUCUCAAUUACACCGAAUAUUCGAAUAAUUGUAGAUCAAACAUUUGUCUCAAGAGCUCGACGUAGUAAAUAAUAUACACACAAAUACACACACGCACACGCACACACACACAUUUAUGUAUGAUUGUUAUCUUUAUGACUUUUUUUUUAUACUUUUCUUCGUUCUUCUGUCAAAUAAUUUUGUAAAGAGGGAAAGGGAGAGAGAGAGAAUGAGAGAGAAUGAGAGGGAGAGAGAGAGAGAGAGAAAGAGAGAUGUAAAAAAAUCUCCAAUUCAUUUUCUAGCACAAUAAUUAUCAUAAAAUAAUUUGUAUAACAAAAAAGAAUAUUUUAUUCGACGAUUUAAUCUCUCUAACUUCUAAUCUUCGAAUAAAAUAAAAUAAUGAAAAAAUUCUAUCGUAUAUAAGAAAAGCUACAAAUUUUAUUACUGUAAUUUAUAACAAUUUUAUUAUUGAAGAUAUAUUUUCAUUUCCAAAGUUCUGUAUCAAAAACGAAGAAACAAGAAAUUAUUUGUAUGAAGUACCUAGGUAAAACAAGUUGUUACGUUAUAUCAUACAUACACAUAAAUAGACACGCAUAUAUAUAUAUAUAUAUACAUAUACAUAUAUAUAUAUAUAUAUAUAUAUAUAUAUAUAUAUAUAUACAUAACUUACAUAAACUGUGUUCAUUCAAGAAAUUUUAUUGCGUAGAGAGCUUUAAUAAUAAAGAGAGUGAAAGUGAUAGAGAAUGAAAGGGAAAGCGUAUCGUUUUGUCAAAUUCGGACGUAUCAAAUCUAUAUAUCCGAUAUUAAUAUCGAUACGUUUUUAAUUACGAAAGUAAAACAGAAAUCUAAUAUAUAAUAAUAAUAAUAAUAAUAAUAAUAAUAAUAAUAUAUAUACACAUAAUGGGAGAUAUUAUAUAUAAGGAACGUUAAACGUAUCCCAAUCCAUCUCAAAUCUACGAUUGCGAUGAACGAUUUGCACGUUAAUUUAAUUGGCACGUUAAUUAAUAGCGCGAAUCAUUAUCUUUUGUUAAGCAUUUUUACAUUCGACCGAUCGAAUCAGUAUGAUUCGAUUCAAUUCGAUUCAAUUAAAUUAGAUUAGAUUCGACUUGAUCGAUCGAUCGUUCUUAUUAAUUACAUUUGCUCCACCCUCUUUUUUGUAGAAAAAAAUUAUCGCCAACGUUCACAUGUAUUUUAUCGCAUCUUGUUAAUUUUAAUAAAAAUCUGCAAGCAGA